AUGGCCGAACAUUCAACCCGCAUCAAGACACGUUUCCUCAUCCUCUCAGACACGCACUCCGCCACCCCCUCCCAAAACAUCUCCAACGAAGCCACUGCAUUCCGCCCGCCACUCCCACAGGCAAAUGUAAUACUCCAUUGUGGCGACCUCACCAUGCUCGGUCUCGUCGAAGAAUACGAGAAGACGCUGGAGAUGCUGGGAGGCAUGGAGGCAGAGCUGAAGCUCGUAAUAGCUGGCAAUCAUGACAUCACGCUGGAUGCAAAGUACUAUGCCAGAAAGGGCGAGUUCAUGCACAGCGGGUACACAGCCUUUGACCCUGAUUUACCCCGUCGAGCUCGGGAGCUGUGGCUGGGUGAAGGGGCGCGCAGAGCCGGUGUCACGUAUCUCGAAGAGGGCACGCAUACAUUUACUUUGGCCAAUGGUGCCAGACUUCGUGUCUAUGCAUCUCCCUACCAGCCAGAGUUUUGCGAUUGGGCUUUUCCGUAUUUCCGCAAUCAGGACCGGUAUAAUGCAAACCAUCAGUCUACCCAGGCGGCAGAGUGUAUUGCAGAGAACCCGGUUCCUGACUUUCCGCACGUGGACGUAAUGAUGACACAUGGCCCGCCAAUGGGGAUUUUGGAUACUGUAGGCACAGGUGAGCAUGUUGGCUGUGAGCACCUCUUACGAGCUUCGCGACGGUGUAGACCGAGGUUGCAUUGUUUCGGCCACAUCCAUGAGGGAUGGGGCGCACAGCUUGUGCGUUGGCGAGAGGACACCGGGCUGGAUGCGAGUGCGAACGCGCCAAUUGAGAGGCUCACUGAUAUCGAUGUCGACGCAGAGAGGAUGGUGAAUGAACGAGGGGCAAGUCUAGAUAUAAGUUCUGGUUCUGGCAUGGCUGUUGAACCUGGCAAAGACACCCUCAUGGUCAACGCCAGUAUCAUGACACUCAGCUACAAGCCUUGGAAUGGGCCAUGGAUCGUUGACCUUGACCUCGAACGCGACACAUGA